GUGGUGACAGCGUAGUCCAGUUCAGUUUCGCUAAAACGUGUUUAUUUAACUGUAUUAGUGUUUAGUGGGUUGCCUAAAAAUCUUGACAAUUUCGUAAGCUUAUUGCGGCGCCUGCCCAAAUCGGCAAGGUCAGAAUAGACUUUAACCCAUGACAGACAGCCAGGUGCUCAGAAAGGAAUGUGGGUGCAAAUGACUUGACUGGUUGUUGAAUACAGGAAGUGCCCUUUUCAAAAUGACCACCAGGCUGCUGUGCAGAUGGGUGCGAUUAUUUCCUCGCUGCUCUCAGACUGCCACAGCCUCAGCCCGACUACAGACCUCCACAGUCCACCAGACAGAGCCAGUGUGCCUGAUGUCCCUGUCUUGGUCCCAACCUUCUGCUAGGCACCUCUGUCAGGGCAAUGAACUGGCUAGGAUGGAGGAGACGGCAUUUCCGUAUGACCAAACGCAACUAGUCCAACUUGUUGAUAAGGCAUCCACCCCAGAGGAAGUGCUUCAGUUGUGGGCAGAGCACGGCGGAUCUGCCAAUGAUGCUGCCAAGUGUCUGGUCCAGCUGAACCUGCGGGUCAUGGAGAAGGGUGGCGAAGGAAUCCUACAGGAUCCGCGCUGCAAGAGCAUGCUGGACACUGUAAAAUCUCAGGUGUCCUCAUUGUGGAAUGGAUCUCUUGUGAGUCUUCUGCGUACUCUCACUAUGUUGGGUCUCCCUUCUGAUGCCCCUCUACUCCGCUCCAUCCAGAAUGAAGUGCUCUGGCGGAUACGGCGCCUCUCCUACCGUCAGCUGGCCUACCUGGUGGACUGGGUAGCCUUUCAGCGAAGACGAGGGUAUGAAAAUGAAGCACUUACCACAGCCCUGCUGAAACAACUGGAGCUGCGCUGGACAGAGCUGUGUGACAGUCGCACCAUCAGCAUUUUCAUGGGCCACGCUUCCCUUUUCACCCCCUCUCUUAUGGACAAACUGGAGGACAAAGCUCUGGAGUUGGCAGAGAGCUUCAGCGCAGAGGAUAUCCGGAAGGUGGCAUUUGCACUGGCCUCUCAAAACAGACGGGCUGUUCCUUUGUUACGAGCCCUCUCAUACCACCUCAAUCAGAAACCCUCUUUUGAACUGAAAACACCAUUGCUGCUUGACAUUGCAUACACUUAUGGUAAGCUGAAUUUUCAUCAGACACAAGUGCUCCAGAGAAUUGCGGCGGAGCUAUUGCCUAGGUUGUCAGAACUGAGUUCCCUCGACGUAACCCGUUGUGCCAAGUCUCUAGCUUUUCUCAAGUGGCUCCACUUGCCUCUAUUUGAAGGUUUUGCUCAGCACUAUGUGAGUAAUAGUAAAAAUUACAGCACUCUGCAGGUGUGUAAUCUCCUCAUAUCUUUUGCCAAACUUAACUUCCAACUCGGCAAAGGAGAGGAGUUUUACCAAAAGGUACACAAAGCUUUGGAAAAUUCCUUUCAGAAUUUAGAGCCUUUCCUGAAAACAGACGUGGUCUGGUCGCUGUGUGUACUGAACCAGGCCAAUCCUGACUACAUCUCCUCUGUUAUAAAGUAUGACUUUCAGAAGAAACUCACAGGUGGCAUUGUGGAUCGGACUGAGAGCUAUCGGCUGAAAUUGCUGAAUAUCUCUGCCUUUGCUCAGUUGGAGCCUCUAGGAAUCACUAUUGAAUCCCCCGCUGUGCUGCUGCUAGCUCCCCGGAGCAAAGUGGAGGUCUGCACCCCUCUGCAGAGCAGCAUACACACAGCCCUCCAGAGCCUGACCAACGGCCGGACACAGGCCCUCCGCACUACUGUCAAAACCAUAUACGGCUGGACAAUAGAUGGAGAACUUGUGGUAGAUUCAGAAAAUAAACCUAUUAAUUUGGAGAACUUACAAGCCCCUCAUUUACCUGGAGGCGGUGGACGUGAUGCCUUACCUGCAGGUGCUCGACGAAUAGCAUUUGUGGCUUGGGAGUUUCCUAACUUUUGCCUCAGGAGCAAGGAUCUUCUGGGCCGCUUUGCCAUGCGGAAACGCCACCUACAGCUGGCUGGGUUUAUAGUGGUGGAGGUGCCGUACUUUGAAUGGCUGGAGCUGAAGUCAGACUGGCAGAAAGUGGCUUACUUGAAAGACAAAUUAGGGAAGGCAGUGGCUGAGGACAUGGCUAAAUGAGCCAUCAAGCCUGUCAAUAACUUUAAAUGCUUUUGACACAGGCUGCUCAUAGACAUCAACAGCCCCAGACAAUAACAUGACUUACAGGUGAGGGAAUGACAGAGAUAUUGAGUACUGCAUAUACAUGCACACAUCAAAGAGAUCGUUGCAGCAUCCUCAAUUCCCAUGAUCCACCCGAACAUCAGAGUGGAAAUCAAAUGCAUCUGGGAGCUGUGAUCAAUCUCUGCAGGAACAGAAAGCAGAGCCUCCAGAAAUCAGCAGAUGCUCGGAAGCAACAGAGUCGUGUAUCUGCUGCCUUCCCAAAAAAAGAAACUCUGAGCCAAAGAGCUAGGCGAGUGUUGUGAAAUGAAAGCAUGAGUGAUCUGAAGGGCAUAAGCAAUGUUCACCACUGGGGAAAACUACUAAAUUAUCAGACCUUGGUGUUAAUCGUCCAUGUCCUCGCAAACAACUGGACGUUCACACUCUCUACUUCCACUUUCAAUAAAUACAUACACCUUGUUUUUGAUGCAGUUGCCUAGACAACACAUGGGGCUUUCCUUGUUGCCAAGGAGACCGUUGUUAGGCUGGAAAUAUUUAAGGCGAAAGGGAUUGAGAGUUCAGUACUUAAAGAUUUCUUUACACUUAGAAAGUACCACUCUGUUGGUGUCAUGUCAUUAUCAUUAUCAAAAAGUAAAAUAACGACUUGCCUCACCUGAUAUCUGUAUAUUUGCAAAUGUGCUUGAUUUAAUAAAAAUAUGUAAAACAAGGUAGUAUGUAAGAAUACAUAUUGGAUUUUAAUAAAUAUUUAUUUUGGAAAGGUCUUCAUUGCAUUCUGGUAUGUUUAGACCUAGUUGCCGACCUGUUAUUUGCUGUCAGGUAAACCUGAAGUACAUACUCUUAUCAGUCUUCAUGGAGAGCAGACGUUCCUGUUGAAAUCUUGAAAUAUUUUGUGCAGAGAAUGGAUUUUCUUCAUUUAAGACUUUCACCUCCAUGUUUGCGAUGUGUGUUAUCAAUAAAAUCGAAUCUUGUAUUUUCA